UUUCAGAUUAAAUAGAAGAAUGAUAAUUAUUGCCAAUCAAUUAUGAAUCGAUGACAUGAUGCUGUGGCAAAAUUUAUAUUACUGAUAGAUUGCUAUUGCUUAAUGGAUAUCUGUCAGCUAUUGUUGUCGUCUUUUUUUGCAUCCUAAAUGUUGUUCACCAUUUUGGCUUGGUUUAUGGCAUUUUGGAGUACAAUCAUUUUAUUGGAUUAUUUUCUUCGAUCAUUUCGGUCACCCAUUUAUAUGGCAUUUGCUGAACGCUAUGAAUUAAUUGUUACCCUUUUUCAGAUUCGCUUUGUUCCUAUUCGAUCACCAUGCACGAUACUUAAAACAUUCAUAAAAAAUAGCCUACUCUCAUAUCUGUUUACAAUUUGGUUUACGAUUGGGAUUAUUUCGGCUAUAUUUUGCUCGUUUGGGAUAAUCCUAUAUCUUUCAAAGCGUUCUGUGAUCGAAAUAAGUUCAUGGUGGUUCGAAUACUUCCAUUCGUUUGCUUCAGAUGGUUCAGUUAUGAAUGUUUACCAGGUGGAAGCUGCAGCAGUUAGGAAGAAGUACAUCGAAGAAAAUGAAGGUUUGAAAUUUGUAAUUCCUGGCUGGAACAUUCCGUGGACACAACUGCCAUUAUAUAUUGGGAUUUUAUUGAUCGCAGCAGUAAUCCAUGAAAUGGGACAUAUGUUAGCUGCAUUAAGUACCAAUGUUCCGGUUACAAGUAUGGGUUUCAUCCUUCUUGCCAUAUAUUUUGGUGCUUACGUUGAAAUUGAUGCUGCUGCAGUGCGACGUUUAUCUCCUGUACAAAAGUUGCGAAUCAGUUGCGCGGGUGUAUGGCAUAAUUUGGUGCUUGCAUUAUUUGCAUGGAUGCUUUACGAAUCUACUUCUUUUAUUGUUUCACCACUUUAUAUUUCUGACGCGGGUGUUUACGUUGAAGAUGUUCAGAAGGAUUCGCCCUUAACUGGACCAACUGGUUUAUAUGAAGGUAGUGUUAUCCAGGCAAUAAAUAGUUGUAACGUAAACAAUGUUAACGAUUGGAAUAGCUGUCUGACGACAAUUAAGUAUACUAACUCAGGAUUUUGUGUACCGGAUGACGUAAUUGCGGAAAAUGUUGCAGAUGAGAUGCAUUUGGUAGAGAACGAACUGGACUGUUGUCGCAACUCAACGUGGAAUAAUUCAGCUUCAUAUAUGUGUUUUUAUGUACGGGAUUGGAUGCACGCCACCCAAUUAGCUCAAGAACGACAUCAUGAAUUGCUAGAGUAUUUUUCGGCGAAAAUAUGCACAUGUUUAUCAGCGAGGUAUGUAGCAGGUUUACAGCCUUGCAGUUCUACUGAAAAUUGCGCAAGUCGAACUUUGUCAACUCCCCAUUCAUCUUGCGUUUUCCCUGCCCUUCUGGGUAACAUGUCAUUUAUGAGGAUUUUGGUCGGGAAUGCAUCGCGUAUAGUUCUUUAUGUGGGGUACGUCAAGGAGUUGGAAUUCGAUGUGCAGGUGAGCAAUUACGUGCCUCGACCGCCAUUCUCGUCGACAUUCAUACCUUACGUUAUUGAGCUGGUAGCAAAGUAUCUCUUCACAUUUUCAUUUGCUUUUGCUGUUAUCAAUGCGGUACCUUGCAUUUAUCUUGAUGGCCAAUACAUUUGUUCGAAUUUUGUGGAUUUCAUGUUCAGCAAGUUGAGACUGAGGAGACAACGAUUAAUAAAGCGAGUGACUUUGGCAUAUGGAACGACACUUUUAGCUGUAAAUUUCAUCCUCGCAAUAUGGAAGUUAUAUAAACAUACUGUAUAGGGUAUUCUUUAUCUCACUGUAGCUUGAUGUUCCAGACUUUUUUUUUUUGAAAUUCCGGAG